AUGUCAUCUUCCCCCUCUGAGGCAACCUACUUUCUCUCCUCCAACACAAUCAUCAUCGCAGGAGCCGGCAUCGCCGGACUCACAUUCUGCAUUGCCCUUGCCCAUCACUUCCCUGGCGCCUCGAGGCCCAAAGUCAUCGUAUACGAGCGAGACAGCUAUGAAAUCCGUAUUGGGCGCGAAGGAUAUUCCCUCUCUCUUCGCACGGAUAACCGGCCAGGCGGUAUUCAAGUCCUCGACUUCCUAGACAUGUAUGAGCGGGUCAGGGCCGUGAGUGUCAAUGCAGAAGACGCAACUGAGGAGAGGGGAAGGUUCAACAUCUGGGAUCAAAAUUUUCGAUCCAUCUUCCGCUUCCCCAUGCAACCAUUUGGACCCAAGAAGUUGACGGGAAUGAGGAUUCGUCGCAAUGCGCUGCAGAAAGUCCUUGCUGAGGCUGCGGCGGAAGCUGGUGCUGAAAUUCAUUGGGGCACGGCCGUCAACGACGCGCAGUCCACCGAAGAUGGCAAGAUGCGAGUUUCUUUGAGUGACGGGAGAACUGAGCUGUGUGAUAUCUUGAUAGCAGCGGAUGGGUCUCGGAGUAAGAUUCGGUCAGUGUUGAGACCAAAUGACAGACUCGACUAUACGGGAUACUACACUUGGGGUGGAACCACACGAUUUGCCCAUCGAGGGCAAAUUCCAAAGCCCGUUGAUCGGGACUGGGGAGUUUUGCUGGGCGGCAAAGGAAUCGGGUUGUUCGUAUCACCCGUUGACGACAAAUCUGUGCUCUGGGGUCUGAGUCGAGCAAGUCGUGAACCCCAGGAGCGACUACGAUAUCCCAUCCUUCAAGAACGGUUGAACGAGCUCAUGGAAGAAUCGACGAAGGUGGCAGCAAAUUUCUCUCCAGUCGUAAAAGAUUUGAUCGCUGCCACGGAUCCCAGCACGGUGAUGCAGGUCAACGCCAUGGAUCGGCCUCCAUUUCCACAUUUACCGUCCACAUAUGGACCAGUCAUUUGGAUUGGAGACGCCAAUCAUGCAGUGAGUCCAUUCGCUGGAAAUGGUGCAAACAUGGCAAUCAUGGACUCGUGGGAUCUUGCCAGUUGCUUCAAAAAGACGCACACGCUGGAAGAGGCCCUCGCAGCAUAUGAUCAGAUCUCUGUCCCUCGAGCUCGAAGAGUCUUGAAGGUGUCUCGAUGGAGCAUCGAUCUUGCGCAUGCGACAGGACUUAAAUUGAUCCUGUACAAAAUCGUCAUCAGGAUAAUGGGAUACCUCACCGGAGUCCCAUUUUGA